AUGGGGCAGACAAUGAACAUGGGAUUUCCAAAUGCUGGAGGCAGGAAGGAGCAGCAAGAAGGAAAUCAAAAACAUGCAAAGGAUUCAGAACAUCAUGGAAAGGAAGAGAGUGCAGCAGAUAUAUCUGCAUUUGUGGAAGUUUGGUCAUCUAACAGAACAGAAAAUUACUCGAAAACCUUUGAACAGCAACUUCUUGAUAUGGGAGCAAAAGUUUCAAAAACUUUGAACAAGCAUGUGACCCAUGUAGUCUUCAAAGAUGGACGUUUGGCUACAUGGAGAAAAGCACAGAAGAUGGGUGUAAAAAUAGUUUCUGUACUCUGGGUGGAGAAGUGUCGAGAAACUGGAGUACAUGUUGAUGAAACCUUAUUUCCUGCAGUAGACACUAAUGAAGGAUUACCACUACUGAUCAAAAAACACAAAUGUAUGCAGCCAAAAGACUUUGUUGAAAAAACUCCAGAAAAUGAUAGAAAGCUGCAGAGAAGACUGGACCAGAUGACUAAAGAAUUAGCUGUACAAAAGAUAGCAAUUAAUGCUGAAACUGAUGUACCAGUUUUACUAUUUGAAGACAAUGGUUCGCUUGUAUACAGCCCAGUUAAUAAGAUAAAAGAUCAAUGCACUGCAAUGGAAAGAAGAAUAAAGGAGAUGAAGGAAAAAAGAGAAAAUAUUUCUCCUACUGCUUCGCAAAUGUCUCAAGUACCUCCAAGUAGUUCACCAGGAGACUGCCCACUGUCUACUUGUGUCUUAACUAAUUCAGAAGAUGCAUUGUUACCAGGAGAACAAAUGGAAGAGUGCUUGAACUCAAGUUAUGAUUAUCUUUGGGGAACUGGUAUAUUAAAGAGAGAGAAAACAGAGGGAGUAAAACACACCUGCGAUACUUGGACUGAUAUUAAUGUAUCCAUGAAUGCAUCAGUGAAUUCUCCCUCACAUAGCUAUGAGCAGGAGAGCUUAACACCAAAACAACAUAGCAGAAGAAGUCUAGGUGAUGAAAAUGAAGUUUCAGAGUGUCAUGUUACUGAUGGCUCUCGCAAAGUUUUUAAUGAACAAAAGAAUAAUCACAAUGGGGGGUUAAGAAAAGCUAGAAGACUCCAAAAGCCAACAAGGACACUAGUUAUGACGAGUAUGUCUUCUGAGAAACAAAAUAUAGUAAUUCAGGUGGUGAAUAAACUUGGAGACUUUUUGUUCUCAGAUGAUGUAUGUGAAACAACAAGUCACGUAGUUACAGGGAGUCCUCGUCGUACCUUGAAUGUUAUGCUGGGAAUUGCUCGUGGGUGUUGGAUUGUUUCUUAUGAAUGGGUUCUGUGGUCUUUGGAAUUGGGCCAUUGGAUCUCAGAGGAACCAUAUGAGCUUUCAUCCAACUUCCCUGCAGCUCCUAUCUGCAGACUUCAGCGUCACCUAUCAACAGGAAAAUACCAGCAGAAUCUCUUUUCAAACCAGCCUGUCAUGUUUGUAUCUCCUACCAGUCAGCCACCGUGCAAAAAACUAAUUGAACUUAUACAGCUGUCAGGAGGGAAAAUAUGUAAAGUCUUACGUCAGGCAAAAAUCUGUAUAGGAAAAAACCCAGGAAAGAAGUACCGGGAAAUAAAAAGUUUAUCAGAAAAAUGGGUAUUAGAUUCAAUCACUCAGCAUACAGUAUGUCCCAUGGAAAACUACAUUUUUCAGCUGUGA